CAGAUUGCAAGUUCAUUUCCGCCAGAAAACCAUUUUUUCUAUCAAACAGUAAUCUUAUCUAUUUUGAGCUGUGUUUCUCCCUUACAUACUAUGAAACAUUAAUUUGAAAACUAUGUGAGAGGCGUUCAGUUAUUUUUGAUAUUUUGUCUGGCACAAAAGCUAUUUUAAUUGAAUGAGCGUAUAGGAAAAUUUGCACGGUUUUUUAAUUCAUUACCAGAUAUAGAAAAUUUAAAGGGGCGCAUACAAUUCAAUUUGCUAGCAUGACGUCACAUAAAAGAAAGCUAUAUUGUUUCUUUCAAAGAAAGUACUGCGUCUGGUGCAAUCUCUGUAUUCGAUAAUUCUUGUUGCAACCGUGUGUUUUUAUUUUUUCUCGGCCUAUAAUCAAAAUUUUAUUUUCUUAUUCGAGUCUAUUGGAUAUUUUUUGCACAACCAGAAAAGUCAUAUUAAGCAGAAAUUAAAUAAUAUAAUAAUCUUUGAAAUACACUAAAAUCGAAGGAGAAGAAGACUCUAAGCUUUCUAAUCAAGCGGUGACUAAUAAACUGAAAAAAUGAAUAUAAAUUUACCAAAUUUCAAUGUGAAAAAUCUGGUGAAGGAGGCGGGGAGUACACUAUCCAGAGUGGUUCAGUUAACGGAAGAAAAACUGGGUACCACCGAACGUACUGAAUAUGAUAAUGAGUUCCAGAAUUUAGCUGAACGUGCUGAUAUAACUAAAACAUGGACAGAGAAAUUAGUACGCGACACCGAAACAGUAUUGAUACCGAAUCCUCAGAAUCGCAUAGAGGACUUCAUCUUUGAAAAAAUUGAAAAAACAAAACCACAACGAUUGAGCAACCUAGAACAUUUAGCAUUGGAUAUGAUUGAGGCUGGUGGAGAUUUUGGCCAAGACUUACCAUAUGGUCAGGCGUUAAUAAAAGUUGGACAAGCUGAGCAAAAAUUGGGUCAAUGUGAACGUGAUUUCAUUGCAUCCUCUGGUAUUUGUUUCACUCAACCUUUGCGCAAAUUCUUAGAUGGCGAAAUGAAGACCAUUACAAGAGAGCGCGGUAUAUUAGAAACCAAGCGUCUUGACUUGGAUGCAUGCAAGAAUCGUGUGAAGAAAGCUAGAAGUAUGUUGGGACAACAGGCGGCGGAACGCGAUUUACGAGUCGCUCAAGCAGAAUUCGAUCGCCAAUCGGAGAUUACAAAAGUGUUACUCGAUGGAAUCAGUACAUCACAGGCAUCACAUUUACGACAUUUGCAUGCGUUCGUUGAAACGCAAGUGCGCUACUACAAACACUGCAUGGAUGCAAUGAAUAAUUUGCAACGCGACUUGGCCAAAAUGCGUCCCGCAAAGCCACGGCUACGCAUAAACAGUGAAGAUGUGGAUGGGCCUCCCAAUACGUUAAUUCAUCUCACAACCUAUUCAACGGCAGCAACAAAUAAUUGUGAUACAAAUGUGAAUGUUGUAAACGUAUCUGAUGAUAAUGAAGAUUUACCAAAUUUCCACUCAAUUGAUAUAAAUAACGUUGAAAGCGUUGAUAUUCAUGACAGCCAAAGUCAAAAUCAAAACCAAAAUAAUACCAAUUAUACCUCAAAUAAUCAAUUAAAUAAUACAAAUCCAUUUGCAACAACGCAAAUUUUAGAACAAUAUGAUAUUGAAUUCGAUACUAGUGCAAUAACAUCGGUUUAGGUAUGGUAAACAAUUAAUGGAGAGGAUAUUUAUGUAUACGAGUAUGUGUAAAACUACUUGUGUGUGCGGUAUAUCGAUAUGAAUGGUUGUAUUUUUAUUACAAUGUACCUUAAGUGAUGUUAAAUGAAUUAAAUUUUGUCAAGCAAAUGGAGAGAAAAGUUAAAAAAAUCAAUCAAUAAAUGGUAAAAUGAAGACGGAAUAAUUUGAACAAAUUAAUAAUAUAACCGAUGUUUUAAAGAGCUGCACAUUUCUUCAAAU